GUUCACCUAGAGCCUAGCAAACCGCACCCCCUACCAGAUAUCCGCAAAAAUGUCCUUCCUCGCAAACUUGUAGGCUGCCAUAGAUGUCGCCACCGUUAUGCCAAACAACCAUUUGUAGCAACGUAGCAUCAACAGCUGAGCGGUGUCAUCGAAAACAAGCAUGUUGGACGUCGACCUCGCCUCGUCGUCGCUCGGGGCUGCCCGGGGUGCGCCCGUCUGGGUCGCUUUCGAGAGCACCACGCAAACGUAUCCCGUCAAGCCGAAGAGGCGCAAGGGCGCUCGCGGGCGGGUGUCCGCUGAGGAGAUGACCGCAAUCAUAGAGUCAGGUGGCAAGAACAAUAACUCCCGACUGCGGCCAGACCAGAUUGAGGCAUUGCGCCUGAAGCGCGAGCCGAAGGAUCACACGGUGACCUGUCUGGAGCAGGAGGACGGCGAGGGCAAUGUGGAGUACAAGUACCGCAUUAAGGACCCGCACCCCGUGCGCCUCCAGCAGCUGAUCACGCAGCUCAAGUACCGCCUGUCUGAGGGCAACGGCGAGUGCUUCUACUACAUUGGCGUGGAGGACAACGGCUAUCCCAAGGGCCUGGAGCCGGCCGACCUGGACGGCUCCAUCGCCACACUGCAGCACAUGGCGGCCUCGCUGGGCGCCUGCGUCAGCCUGGUGCACUACCUGCCGGGCGCAUGGGGCCGCCGCGCGGCGCUGCUGCGGGUGGCGCACAGCACGGCGCAGGAGGCGUGCCACACCGACCUGCGCAUCGCGGUGGCGGGCAGUGUGGAGGCGGGCAAGUCCACGCUGGUGGCCGUGCUGAGCACCGGCAGCGACGGCCGGCCGCUGCUGGACAACGGGCGCGGCCUGGCUCGCAUGGCGGUGUUCCGGCACAAGCACGAGAUGCAGAGCGGCCGCACCUCCUCCAUCUGCCACCAACUGCUGGGCUACGACGCGGACGGCCGAGUCAUCAACUACGCCACGCCCGCGGCCACGGCGCUGACGCCGGCCGAGAUCACGGGCGCGGCCGCCAAGGUGCUGACGUUCCUGGACAUGGGCGGCCACGAGAAGUACCUCAAGACGGCGCUGUACGGCAUGACGGCGCUGCUGCCCGACUACAGCCUGCUGUGCGUGUGCGCCGCCGCGGGGCUGGGGCGCGUGGCUCGCGAGCACCUGGCGGUGGCGGUGGCGCUGGAGGUGCCCGUGGCGGUCAUCAUCACCAAGGUGGAGCUGGUGCGGCCUGAGCGCUUCGCCGCGGUGGUGGACGAGGUGCGGCAGCUGGUGGCGCUCACGCUGCAGCAUGAGAGCGGCAGCGCCGGCGGGGCCGCACCCGCCGCGAACGAUGGCGACCACGCCACCGGCACCGCCGCGGAGGAGCAGCGCCGCGUAGAGGAGGCGUCGCCGCUGGUCGGCACCGAGGCUGAGGCGAUGGCGGCGGCGCGGGUGCUGGGCCAGCUGCACGCCGACUCGCUCGCCAGCCCCACGGCCCGCGGCGCGCUGCGCGUGCACAUGCCCAUCUUUGCGGUGUCUGCCGUCACCGGCGCCGGCCUGACCGUGCUGCACGCCUUCCUGGGGGCGCUGCAGCCCGGGCCCGGCCCGCUCAAGGGCGCAGCGGUGGCGACGCCGCUGGCGGCGCCAGCGCCCGGCAGCGAGGCGGCGCCGGGCUUCGGCGGGGCAACGGCGGAGGGCAGGGGCGAGGGCGGCGCGGAAAGCGGCUAUGCCAGCAGCUGCGGCUGGACAUCGGCUGGCGGCAGCCCGCGCGUGGGCGAGGCGCUGUCGCCGCCGCCGUUUGCUCCGGGGGCGGAGGAGGGAGACGUGGCGGCGGUGGCUGCAGCCGCCGCCGCGGUCGCCGCGGCCGCGGCCGCCGGGGCGCACCACCAGCACCAGCUGCUUUACGCGCCGGCCGGGGGCGCCGCGGCGCCGUCGGCUGAGGCGCAGGCGGUUCACUUCCAGGUGGAUGGCACGUUCGAGGUGGAGGGCGUGGGCUCGGUGGUCAGCGGCACGCUGGUGAGCGGCACGCUGCGGCUGGGCCAGGCGCUGGUGCUGGGGCCCACGGCGGCCGGCGGCUUCACGCGCGUGACGGUGCGGCAGCUGCAGCGCUCGCACGUGCAGGUCAAGUGCGUGCGCGCCGGGCAGACCUGCACCAUCGCCAUCAGCCCCGCGGACGCGGCAGACGCGGCGCCGGCGCCGGCGGGCUCGCUGCCUUACGGCAGCUCGCCGAGCGCCGCGCCGGGCGGCUACUUUGCCAAUGCUGGUGGAGCGGCCGCCACCGCGGCGGCGGUGCCCGGCAGCUUGGCGGCUGCCGCCGCCGCUGGCGCUGCCGGCGGCGGUGCCAACGGCGGCGCCGGUGGCGGCGGCGGCGACUUUGACGAUGCACUGGCGGCGGCGCAGACGGCUCUGGAACUGUGUCUGGGCCUGGAUGACGACGAGGAUGGCGGCAACGCCGCUGACGAUGACCUGUUUGGCUUUGACGCGUGCGACGCGCCGCCGCCCGGGCGCCAGGCCCGUGGCAGUGCUGCGCACCAGCAGCAGCAGCAGCAGCAACAACAGGCGCGAGCGUCGCGGGCGUCGGGCAGCUCCGCCUGCGCGGGCGCCUCUCCAUCGCUGUCGCCGUCGCUGCCGCCGAGCCCGGGCGUGUUCGGAGGUGGUGGUGGCGGCUACCUGCCGCUCAGCAUGUCGGUCAGCCAGCUGCACUCCACCACCAGCUUCUGCGUCGGCGGAGCCGUCGCCGCUGCCGCUGCUGGUGCUGGUGGCGGCGGCGGCGGGGCUGGCAGCGGCGCACAUGGCGGUGUGGCAGUAGGCACAGUGCCUGGGCUGAUGUCCUCGUCGGCCCCGAUCGGCAACAGCUCAGGGCUGCAGCUGGCGUCAUCUCUGGGCGCGUGCGGCCCGGGCUGCUCGCCGCCGGGGCUGGGCUCGCUGGCGGCGCCGGCGCGCAAGGGCGCGGUGCUGCUGGAGCCGGCGCUACAGCCGCGGACCAGCUGGUCCUUUGAGGCGGUGCUGAUCCUGCUGGGAGGCCACUGGCCGCCGCGCGGGCUGCUGUCGGGCCGCUGGCCGCCCUUGGAUGAGGACGACGUGCCCGCCCGCGGCUCCGCGGCAGCAGCAGCUGCAGCAGCAGCAGAGGCAGCCGCUGCCGGCACGGCAGCAGCCGCUGCCAUGGCGGCGGUGCCGCCGGCCGACCACGCUUCUGACUCGGCCGCGUGCGCCACGGAGCCGCCGGGCGGCAGCAGCGGCCACCUCUCGUCGGAGCGUUCCGGCAGCAUGACGCCCGGUGGCGGCGCCGGAGGUGCCACAAGCGACGACUGCGGCGCACCCGGCUCCGCGGCUGCCACCGCGGCUGCGGCAGUAGCAGCGGUGGUUGUGGAUGCGUCCGGGGCGGCGGUGCGUGGAGCGCGCGCGGUACGCGCCGCAUCGGUAUCCGCUACAGUGGGCGCGAAGGCCGCGCCGCUGCAGGUGCCUAGCGGCGCAGUGCGUGCCGGCUCCGUGGGUGGAGUGGCGGGCGCCGGCCGGCGCCGCCGCCAACGGUCGGGCAGCGGCGGCAACUACGUCAUGGUCGUGCACUGCGGCAGCGUGCGGCAGCCAGCGUACGUCGUGAACAUGCAGGAACUGCUGGAGGAGCCUGAGGCACUGGCAAUUGAGGCAGACGCAAGCCGCGGCGACCAGGCAGCGGAGGCGGGAGCGGCGCGCAGCUGCCCCGAGCUGCGCAUAUCCGCCAGCACCCGUGCCGCCGCCGCACUGCUGCACAGCACGCGGGCGCAGGGCAAUGCCUCGGCCGCUGGGGCCACCUCCACCGCGGCCGCAUCUGCGGCCGCGGGCGCAGGCGCCGGGGGCGUGACGGCGGUAACGGCUGUGGCGGCUUCGACUGCCAGCGGUGGUGGUUGUGUGGACCAGGGCGAUCUGGGCUGCCUGGUGCGGGUGGUGCUACGCUGGCAGCACCGGCCCGAGUGGCUGCGGGAGGGCGCCAAGCUGCUUGUGCGCGACCGCAGCGACGGCCGCAUUGCCGGUGCCGGGUUUGUGCGCCGCGCGGUCGUGUGAGCACAGACGCAGAGAAGUCCGAGCGCGUUCACUUGCAAUUUUUAGUUUUGGAGGUCGUGGAUUGCGUGCAGGCGGUUUCUCGACGCAUUGCCAUGAUUUCGUGGGUGCCGGGCAUCGGCGUGGUUGAUGUGCUGUGGGAAUAGGGCUACAAUGCUAGGCCGUGUACAAACGGGGGGAGCAUUGCGCACCCGCAGUUUGGUAUGGUAAGUCAGAGUGUGGGUGUAGGCUCUCUGCUUUGCUUGAUGACAGUGACACAGACGUUUAGAUGGAUUUCGGUACAGGCUUGGACAAUUCCCCAACAAACUUUGGGUUGUAGAUCCUUCCUUGUAGCAUAGAUUGCGAGUAGCUGCUGUAGCAAUAGCUGUACGUGUGUAUAUCUAGUCAGGGCAGGAGGGACAAUGGGACGCGCGCAGGCAGUGCGCGUUUGGUGUUGAGGGCACGGCGCCAUUUGGCUGAGCCGGCCCGCGGGGCUUGCUGGAGGAAUGCCAUGGAGAAAGCGGCAUAUCUGCAGCACAUGUAGAGACCGGAGAGUACUUGCCUACUUGGUCAGUGACGCGUGUAAUAUACUUGAGUU